AUGCCCAAGUUCAGAGUUGCGAUAUGUGGUGGAGGCAUAAGUGGAUUGUGCCUCGCGGUCCUACUCUGUCGGGAUCCUAGUAUUCAAGUCGACGUGUAUGAGAGCUCCAGUCGAUUCGCUGAAAUCGGUGCUGGAGUGAUGAUAUGGUCGCGGACAUGGAAAAUCUUCGAAUCCAUUGGGUUGGCAGAAGACUUUUCCCGUAUUGCACAUUCUCCUCCUGACGGGUCAAUUGGCGUUGGCUUUGACUACAGACGAUCUGACCAGGCUGAAGAAGGGUUCCGAUUUCACCUCGUCGAGAUGGCAUACGGAUGCAUUCGUUUUCACCGUGCUGAUUUCCUCGACGUCCUGGUCAAUCAUUUGCCUCCUGGAGUAGCACACUUCGGUAAACGACUAGUCGCCUAUUCUGAGGAUUCUGGGGCAGAAACCAUAACGCUGAACUUUGUUGACGGAACUACGGAGACUUGUGACUUGCUUGUAGGCUGCGAUGGCAUAAAGUCCACCGUCCGCAAACAAAUGUUUGCUGAAGAAGGUGGACAUGAACCUGUAUUCACAGGGACGAUUGCGUACAGAGGCCUCAUUCCUGUGCCAGCUCUUUGUUCUAAUGGCGUGGUUCAUCGUACCGUCUCUACACCAAUGAUGUAUUGUGGUAAAAACAAGGUACAGCAUGCCGUCAGCUACUCGAUUUCACAAGGAUCCAUUGUCAAUGUCGUCGCGCUUAGGUCUGAUCCUGAGAGAGAGGGUUCCACCUAUCCCGACUCUACGUGGGUGACAGAAUGUUCUCAACAAGAGCUUCUCGAUUGCUAUUCUGGCUGGGAGCCGGAGGUCACUGAGAUGCUUCAGCUUAUUGAAACCCCCACGCGUUGGGCGUUGCAUCAUCUACGUCCUUUACCUCGCUUUGUCAACAGAAGGGUAGUUUUAGUUGGGGAUGCGGCCCACGCAAUGUCGCCCCACCAAGGGGCUGGUGCUGGUGAAGCUAUUGAGGGACUUUCUGAUGCUUUCGUUCUUGCUCAUCUGCUCAGAAAAUCUACGUCAUCAACGCUUCAUCUUGCAUGCGAGGCUUAUCAACAUGUCCGACUACCGCUUGCUAACCGGGUCCUCCGUGGGUCCUAUGAAUCUGGAAGAAUGUACGAAUUCACUAGCAAGUUCGGGGAUGACUAUCCUAGACUCGGACCUGCUAUAGAGAAACAGUGGGCUUGGAUAGAUGAGACGGACCCAGCAGAGGAUUUGCAAAGGGCAGCUGAAUAUUAUGAGUCAUUGUUGUCUGAUACAUGA